AUGUCGAGCCCGAGCCUGCAUUACCUGCUCUCGAGCCUGCGGAGUCCGAUAUUCAACACGGCUGCCGUCACCUCGAACGCGCGCACGGGAGCCAAGUACCUGAAGCGCCGGCUGCGUGCCGACAACGCACUCCUGUACGCCGUGCAGAGCCCGACGAUGCGUGUGUUCGCCAACGACAAGAACUUCCGCGGCUGGGAGGGUCUUGCGCGCCCCGGAGACGACGGAUACGACACCCAGCUUCCCAUCGACAUGGUCGUGCCGCCGUCUACCGCCAAUGUGGAGUUUGUUGAGGUCCCGCGUGCCGCUCGCCCUGGUCCGUCGAACAUUACGAAGUACAGGUCGCACUGGAUCGAGGACGCAAACGAGUACGUCCGUUUCGACGUUUUGGACGGCAAGCGGGCCAACGGCAAGACGGCGCCGAAGAAGGGUGAGUUCGCAGAUGGCAGUGAGGGAGCUGUGACUCGGCGAGGGUCAGGACGACGCAGAGGGAAGGCAGACUCUGCUGCUCCACGGGGCAUCUUCCAUGUACCUGAAAGUUACCUUUGUUCUUUGCAGCUCCAGAAACCGUUGUGUCGAGCUAACAUCACAGGCGAGGGCAAGCGUGUUCUUGCGGGCAAGAAGAAGAAGUAA